GCUGAAGACAUUCUCCAUCACUACAACAGCAGAGGACAAGAGAGCAUCAGUAGAUCGAGGGAGAGCAGUAGAGAGGAAGCUACCUCCUCUCGCCAUUUCCAUCACCACAACCUUCAUCGUCAUCAUUCUCUCUUUGAAUACAUGUCGGCGAAGAUGAUGUUGCGCUAACGAGCAGCGGAAGGAGUGCUGAAAGCACGAGAGGUGUUUUUAAGUUGAAUACGCGGAGGAAACGUAUGUAUGUUUGGAUUUCGGCUCUUUUCCCUUCGCCAAUGCAAAAGGAAAUAUGCAGCGAAGCUUCAGCAUCCUCUACACCAGUUUACUGGGGAUGUGCUUGGCUUCAAGCGCAAGUUUCCCAAGUAACAUCAAUAUAGGAGGAUUGUUCCCCACCGAGUCCCAUGAAUAUGAAGUGUUUCGCUUCGCCCUUUCACACCACCAGGACAUCCCCAAACUGGUGCCGCAGGUUGAUAUGGUCAAAAUGGGAAAUAGUUUUUCCAUGACAUAUGCCUUCUGCUCCCAGUUCUCCAAAGGUGUGUACGCCAUCAUCGGCUUGUAUGACAGGAAGACAGUCAACAUGCUCAUGUCCUUCUGCGGCGCCCUCCAUGUCUGCUUUGUUACUCCGUCAUUCCCGAUUGAGACGGCCAACCAAUUUGUCAUUCAGCUGAGGCCUGAGCUGCAGGACGCUCUUGUAGGUGUGAUCGAAUACUAUGGAUGGAACAAGUUUGUCUACAUGUACAGUUCAGACUCCGGGCUCUCUGUGCUCCAGAAGGUUUUGGACACAGCUGCAGAGAGGAACUGGCUGGUGACCUCAGUCAAUGUGGAGACCAUGACAGAGGCAUCAUUCUUGAAAGUGUUCCAAGAUUUGGACAAGAGAAAGGAGGGGCAGAUUAUCAUCGACUGUGAGACAGAGAGGCUCACUGGCAUCCUUAAAAAGAUUGUUGAGCAAGGCAAGAAUGCAAAGAGUUACCACUACAUCUUGGCAAACCUGGGUUUCCUGGACAUUGACCUGACAGACCUCCGGAAGGGUGGAGCGAACAUUACCGGCUUCCAGCUGGUCAACAACUCAGAGCCCAGUGUUAGUAGGGUGGUCCAGCAAUGGAUAGAAUUUGACAACAAGGAUUCCAAAAUGCCCAAGACUGGACUCAAAUACACUGGAGCAUUAACAUAUGAUGGCGUAAAAGUCAUGUCAACAGCAUUCCAGAAUUUGAGGAGACAAAGGAUAGACAUCUCGCGCAGGGGCAACGCUGGAGAAUGCCUUGCCAACCCACCAGCUCCAUGGGGUCAAGGCAUAGACAUCCAAAGAGCCUUGCAGCAGGUCCGUAUCGAUGGACUGACUGGUCACAUUCAAUUCAACGAGAAAGGUCGCAGAACCAACUACACUGUUAGUGUGAUGGAACUGGCUCCAUCAGGACCCAAAAAGGUUGGCUACUGGAAUGAAGAUGAGAAAUAUGUGACUACUGCAAGCUUCAUGAGAGGCAGCAAUGACACCUAUGGCCUUCAGAACCGAACUUACAUUGUCACAACUAUCUUGGAAUCACCAUAUGUGAUGUAUAAGAAGAAACAUGACCAGCUUGUUGGGAAUGAUAAGUAUGAGGGCUACAUUGUCGAGCUGGCUGCAGAGAUAGCCAAACAUGUUGGCUACCAGUACUUACUGAAGGUUGUUUCGGAUGGCAAGUAUGGCGCCAGAGACCCUGAGACCAAAAUGUGGAACGGCAUGGUUGGAGAACUUGUGUAUGGGAAAGCAGACGUGGCUGUGGCUCCUUUGACCAUCACCCUAGUCCGAGAGGAAGUCAUCGACUUCUCCAAGCCCUUCAUGUCUCUGGGCAUCUCUAUCAUGAUCAAGAAACCCACCAAAUCCAAACCCGGAGUGUUCUCGUUUCUGGACCCCUUGGCUUACGAGAUCUGGAUGUGCAUAGUGUUUGCUUACAUUGGCGUCAGUGUGGUGCUGUUCCUUGUCAGUCGCUUCAGCCCCUAUGAGUGGCACGCAGACGACUACGAGGAAGGAGGAGAGCCACAGAGCCCUUCUCAGGUGGCGGGCUCCAACGGUUUGCAGCAGGGCCAAACAACGACCCAAGCAAACUCCAACCAGCAAAGUCCGGAGCAGACCAAUGAGUUUGGCAUCUUCAACUCCCUUUGGUUCUCACUGGGGGCUUUCAUGCAGCAAGGCUGCGAUAUCUCACCACGCUCCCUGUCCGGCCGCAUUGUGGGAGGUGUCUGGUGGUUCUUCACCCUAAUCAUUAUCUCAUCCUAUACUGCCAACUUGGCGGCUUUCCUAACUGUGGAGAGGAUGGUGUCCCCUAUAGAGAGUGCUGAAGAUUUGGCCAAGCAAACAGAGAUUGCCUAUGGAACACUGGAUGCUGGCUCAACUAAAGAGUUUUUCAGGAGAUCUAAAAUCGCUGUGUUUGAGAAGAUGUGGUCCUACAUGAAGGCUGCUGACCCAUCUGUCUUCGUCAAGACCACAGACGAGGGUGUCAUGAGAGUUCGGAAAUCCAAGGGAAAGUAUGCCUACUUGCUGGAAUCCACCAUGAAUGAGUAUAUAGAGCAGAGGAAGCCCUGUGACACAAUGAAAGUAGGAGGGAAUCUGGACUCAAAGGGUUAUGGCAUUGCCACUCCUAAGGGAUCCCCCCUCAGAAUCCCAGUAAACCUAGCGGUGUUGAAACUCAAUGAGCAAGCCGUCUUAGACAAACUGAAAAACAAAUGGUGGUACGAUAAAGGGGAAUGUGGCAACAAGGACUCCGGAAGAAAGGACAAGACAAGCGCUCUGAGCCUCAGCAACGUGGCCGGAGUCUUCUACAUCCUGAUUGGCGGCCUGGGCCUGGCCAUGCUUGUGGCGCUGGUGGAGUUCUGCUACAAAUCCAGGACGGAGUCACGCCGAAUGAAGCAAUCCAUUAACGACGCAAUGCGAUGCUCCACCCUGACCAGGAUGAGCGGUAACGGGAGCGGAGGAGAAAAUGGACGACUCCUCACCCACGACUUUCCCAAGACCAUUCAGACACUGCCAUGCAUGAGCCACACUGCCGGCAUAGGGCUGGGUGCCUCAGGAAUGUGAUCACAUGACCGUGGGAAAGGGAGUGGCAACAAGGAGGCAGGGUAGAACAAGAAGAGCACAAGACUUUGAUGAUCUCCAAAACAAAUCGUGGCUGUGUGGUUUGACCCUUCAAUUUUCUUGGCUGUGCCCGACCGGAACAAGAUUUAACUUACUGCCAAAAUGCACUCUUCAAAUGUUCGUUACAAGUAACAGAGACUCAAAAGAUUUUUAAUAUGUGGAUAAUUGUUUUGGGGGGGGGGGGGGGGGGCAGAAAAAGACGACAGGAUUUGUGCUGCAAUAAAGAAUCUGGGUGUGUUUUUGCAAUUUUUUUUUAAUCGUGUUCUUUUGUGUGGGGCAAAAAAAAAAAAAAUCUUAAUUGUGCCACCUGCGUUGUGCCAUUGCAGUGGAGUUGUUGACUUUAGUCCGCGUGCAAUAUUUUCACCUCGAUUGCUGACCCUGUACUACCUAGAUGCUUUCUGGUGGCUGAGGGUGUCUUUGCACUGAUGUGGUGAUGAAGACAAACACUUGUGACUGCUACAAUAAUUUCAUUUUUGUUUUUUGGACACAUGCCUGCACUCUUUCACACUUCAGUGUAUAUGUUGGGGAGGACCAAGUGUUCUGUGUAGCAUAGAUUUAAGAAUAUGGUUUGCACCGAUGAGUGGUUGAGGUGAUUCAUUAGAAGCGCUUGCUAUUUCACACAGUUCAUGCUCGGGCUACAAAAAAA